UUGCCCCGGAAGCUGAAGCUCGUCGCUGGUUAAACCUAAAGCCUCUUGUGUAUGUUGGCGAAGUCAGGGAGGGUCAACUUUCUUUUUCCAUUUAUCGCAAAAUAUACGCGGUGACAUUUGUUUACACAUAGGUAAACCUAAUUGAAGAUCGUAUUUUAUCCGAAAUGGAGUCCUCUGAGCACGGCCCUUCAGUGACAUCUCCAGGUGUAGCCAGUGGAGGGACGCUACCGCCAGGCCUGACAGAGGAGGAGGCAGAAGAGAUACAGGUGGAGCUCAUCAAGGUGGAGGAUGAGAUUCAGACUCUGAGACAGGUUCUCGUGGCGAAGGAGAGGCACGCGGCUGAGCUCAAGCGCAGACUCGGCAUCAGUCCCCUCUCUGAAAUCAAACAGAACCUCACCAAAGGCUGGCAUGACGUUCAGUGCUCCAAUGCUUAUAUGAGAACCUCACAAACUCUUGGAGACUUGAAUCGUAGAGUUGCCUCAUCUAAUUUAUACCUUACAGCUUCAUCCACACUUGAGGAAAUUGGACGUUCUGAUGCCUAUAAGAGGACUCAGGAGACUCUGUCUCAGGCAGGUCAGAUGACAUCAGCUGCGUUCUCGACAGUGGGCUCCGCCAUCAGAAACCGAUUUGGAGAGAUGAGGGCUCUGCCGUACUCUAACUCUGGUAGCAACUUUUCCAUGCGUCACUCUUUAAGUAUGCCAGCUAUGAGGAACUCGCCAAGCUUUAAAUCCUUUGAGGACAAGGUGGAGAACAUGAAGUACAAAGUAAUGGGGCGAUCGAAUGGAGAGAGCGACCAUUCACCAACCAGCAACAACGCACCCUUCUGAGCAGGAAGCACAACCUCAUGACCAAGAACUGACCUCUGUGAUCCUCUUUAGCGCUGCAUCCAAAUACACUCCAGUCUCGCCACUGCUAAGUUAACGUCAAAUGAAUGUACAGACAGGAAACAAUGCUUUAAGAAACUAAUGCAAAGAGAUAAUUAUUACUCUAACAUCUGAAGAUUGUCACCCUUGCAUAUGCAUUAUAGCCAAAUUUGAAUAUUAAAAACUGGAUAACCCUUUUUGGGACUGUUAGGUUUUCCUCUGUGCACCGAAUUACCUUUAAAUGUAUUGUAAUAUUUUAUUUUGUCAAGCAAUGGGGCUUCUCUGACACUUCGGUAGUAACUGGUCUGUUACGAUCUGCAUGAAAAUGUGAAACGUUUGCACAGCUCACACAUAGAAUGUCCUAAAACACAUCAGGCAUCCUCAGCCUGCUUCGUUGCCACUGUUUAUUAUUGUUACAUGCUUCCUACAAAGAAUAUUGCACUGGUUAUUACCCUGCUUGUUACUCAGGGCAAAAGGUGCUAAAGCGUUCCUUGUGACAUGACUCGAGCACCAGAUGUUCAUCUCUGAAGGUGUGUACUAAAUUAUUCACAUUUAUUUUAUUGUCUUUUUUUAAUUCUUCCCCAGUUUUCCAAGUCAUGAUAAAAAAUAUACUACAACAUGUUCUAACAAAGAUGUUUUGAGAUUCAAGCUAUACAUACCUCCCCUUUUUCUUCUCAUCAUCUCUCGGUAAAUAAGAAAAACUUUUUGUCUAAAUGUUUUCCCCUUGGUUUGCUUAUAUUUUACAUGGCGGUGUCUAGCAUAGACAUAGAUUUUCCCCCACAGUACUGUACUGUAACAAUGAUCAUAAAGGUGAAAAUUUGGUGAAAAGAUGGGGUUUAUAAGAUAUUUAAUUGCUAAUCAGAUGCAAGACUAAUAUUUCCAAGUAAGAUAAUGUAAUGAUUAUAAUAUUUAAUCAAAUAUUGUGGUGGGCAAAUGUCAAUUUCACUGUGAUGUAGUGGAAAAUUCAUUUUUAAUUUAUUUUUUGGUCAGAUUAUUAUUUUUCUUUUGAUUCCUUGUGCUGAUGGGAGUACUGUCCAUGCAAUGAUCUGUAAGAGAAUGUUACCAUACUGACCUAACUACUGUAUACAUGUUUGAUGCUUUGUGGCUGUAACAUACUACACCGUUCAGGGUUUAUUAAAGAUAAAGAAAAUAA